CUAACCUCAACAAGUCGGUGAAUAAAAAGAACUGCCUCUCUAGAAUCAGUUUAGCAGAGGACCAUCACCAGCCUCAUAUUCCAACCAAUCAAAAGUCUCCAAUAUACCUACCGACUUAUCGCCGUCGUCGUAGAGGAUUCAAGCCCCGCCACAGAAAAACGACGAUGCCGAAGAAGAUGGGAGUCAACAGCAAAGCCGAGGAGGCUAGGGCUCGCAAAGCCACCACCGAAGCCGAGCGCAAAGACCGCGAGGCUCGAGAGAGAGAGGAACGGUACUGGCGCGAAGCCGAGGGCAACAAGUCCCGAGCCGCCAAGAAGCGCGAGGACGAGUCCCAGAAGCGAGCCGAGGCCGCCGCGCGCCGAGCCGAAGCCCGCCGUUUGGCUGAGCUGGAGGAGAAGGAGCUCGAGAAGUCGAUGAAGAAGCCCGACAAGAAGGCCGAUCGGGUUUCGAUCCCCGUGCCGAAGGUUACCGAGGCCGAGCUCAGGCGGCAAAGGGAGGAGGAACAGGCGGCUUUGCAGAAGAAAGCCGAUGAGUCGAAGAAGCGGCAGAGCCGGACGGCCGCGGAGGAGGAGUACGAGAGGAUGGUGCUGGUGACGAACACGAAUCGCGAAGAUUCGAUCAUAGAGGCGAGGACGGUUGAGGAUGCGAUUGCUCAGAUGACCGUCGCUGAUAGCUUGCCUGUGGAUCGCCAUCCUGAGAGGAGGCUUAAGGCAUCGUUUAAGGCUUUUGAAGAAGCUGAGCUUCCAAAGGUGAAGGAAGAGAAGCCAGGUCUUACUCACAAUCAAUACAAGGACAUGAUAUGGAAGCUAUGGAAGAAAUCUCCUGACAAUCCUCUUAAUCAGGUUGCUGAGUGAUUUCUUUAUCUCAACAUAGCAGCCCUUGUGGUUAUUUGUCGAUCGCACUUUAACAUGGUGUGUGCUUGUAGUUAACGACAUAGCAUGUGGUUUCUUCCCUACUGUAUUUGUCUCCGCUCAAUGAAUCGUAAAUUAAAAUAACAGUGUCCUCUGUUUGGUACU